GGGAUCCUUUCCUCCCCCGGCUCUCUCUCUGGCCUCUCAACACCGGGUUGGCCUAAGAGAGAAAAAGGCUGAGGCGACGGCGGUUGCAACUGGGGGGCAUGAAGCUGGGGCUGACUCACACCCGCCUCCUCCUAUUUCCACGUUGAUGCCCAGCACCCCGAGCCGCCCUAGCCAGGGGGAGGGGAGAUGAGGGCUGUGAAUUCCAUUACAAAAUUGAUGAAAGGCACCAGUCUAUCCUGUCUUCAAAGAUAAAAGAUGGGAGGAUUAUUUUCUCGAUGGAGGGCAAAACCUUCAACAGUAGAAGUUCUGGAAAAUAUAGAUAAGGAAAUCCAAGCGUUAGAAGAAUUUAGAGAGAAAAAUCAAAGAUUACAGAAACUAUGGGUUGGAAGGUUACUCCUCUACUCCUCACUUCUUUACCUGUUUACUUGCAUAGUAGUAUACUUGUGGUAUCUUCCGGAUGAAUUUACAGCAAGACUCACUAUGACACUCCCAUUUUUUGCAUUUCCAUUGAUCAUAUGGACCAUACGAACAGUACUUAUUUUCUUCUUUUCCAAGAGAACAGAAAGAAAUAAUGAAGCAUUGGAUGAUUUAAAAUUACAGAAGAAAAAAAUACUUGAAGAAGUCAUGGAAAAAGAAACUUACAAGAAUGCUAAAUUAAUUCUUGAAAGGUUUGAUCCAGAAUCAAGGAAGGCAAAGGAGCUUGAGCCGUCAUCUUUAGGAGCAGCUGCAACUGCAAGGCCUGGACAAGAAAUCCGUCAGAGGACUACAGCUCAAAGAAACCUUUCUCCAUCAACACCAGCAAGUCCAAGCCAAGCAUCACCUCUACAAGUUCCAGGAUCUCCUGGUCCACAAAAGGAUACUUCAGCUCCUGGUGGACCACCGGAAAGAGCUGUUGCUCCAGCCUUGCAGUCAAAUGUGUUACCAAGGCGUCUUGGAUCCCCUGCUACUUCAAUGCCUGGAAUGGGUCUUCAUCCUCCUGGUCCACCUUUAGCAAGACCCAUUCUUCCUCGAGAAAGAGGUGCUCUGGAUAGAGUUGUCGAGUAUCUAGUUGGUGAUGGUCCACAGAACAGGUAUGCUCUUAUAUGUCAGCAGUGUUUUUCUCAUAAUGGCAUGGCUUUGAAGGAAGAGUUUGAAUACAUUGCAUUUCGGUGUGCAUAUUGUUUCUUCCUGAAUCCUGCAAGAAAAACUAGACCUCAGGCUCCAAGACUUCCAGAGUUCAGUUUUGAGAAGAGACAGCUUAUGGAAGGACAAAGUUCUGUUGGCCCUCUGCAACUAGAAAGUACAAUUUCACAAGAGAAUCAGUUUACAGAAGGGUCUUUAGAAGAACAAGAUGUACCUGUUAAUUGCAUAGAUCAGACGGAUGAAAAAGCAUCAGAUACAGAGCAGACAAAUCAAAUAAAUAAAAAAGCAUCUGGUCCAGUGGAACAAGAAGACAGAGUAGCAGGGGAGGCUGAGAAUAAAGAAACUACAGUUAAUGAAACCAAAUCUACAAUUGCUAAUGCUGAUUCUGCUGCUGUUGAUGAAGCAAGUGGAGAAUCUUUGAUGGAAAUUGAGUAAAUGCUUCCAAGUGCCUUCAACUAGAUCUUUGUAACUUUAUUCGUGUCAACUAUUACUUUCCAGGUGGUGUUUCUUUUCUUUUCUUUUUUUUUCUUUUUAGUUUGUUUGUUGGUUUCAGUUUUUUAAUGGUCCAUUUGGUAUCUGAGCUCUUACUGCCUCAAUAAUUCAGUCUGUUAAAUCUGCAUCUACUAGGUAUUUAUAUUUGAAAGGGUAUGCUAUCAGUGCAAUAAAACCCUAUAGAAUGUACAAAGAUUAGCAUUAUGACAUCUUCUAAACCUAUUUUGGCCACUUAAAUCAAAUGUGAUAUCAAGUUUGUUUUCUCUUACGUGUGACCUGUAAAUAAUAUCCAUUUUGUCAGAGGAAGAACUUUGGUCAGAAAGAACUACUAUAGCAUUUGGUUUAAAGAAUGAAAAUCCUUGAGGAUUUUUAAUGCUUUAAUGUUAAAAAAUGCAUACUAGAAUUUUUAAACUGUAGAUAUUUGCCAGAUAAAGUGUAUAUUUAGACAUUUAUCUUUAAACCGUAUAAAGUUAUUCUAUAACUGUAACUAUAGACAUUGUUGCAUAAAUAUUUUUAAUGAGAAUACAGGUGAACAGUCAAGUGCAGUAUUUCUUUUGAUGUCACUUACUUUGCAGAUGGGCCAAAGGCACAUGUGUAUGCAUCUAGCUUGUGUUUACAUGAAGACAAAAUAGGAAAUUUCUCUACAUUUGAUUGUACUUGAAUGCUGACCAUUAUUUAUACUUGUAUAAUAAUGAUGUAAGUGAAUUUUGUGCCUUUGUGUGUGUAUUUUGUUAAGGAAAAUAAAGACUUAUCUAGUAGCUUUUUUUUUUUAAUUUUAAUUUUUGUUAAACAUCAAGAAUUUUUAAAACAUCCUUUUGGCAUGUCUCCUUUUUUCAAACUAUGAAAUUUCAUAAUGUGAAGAGCGUUCUAGUUGAUGAGUCUUAAACUAUUUGUUCAUUUUUUAGGGAGUAUUUGUGUUUAAAUUAGUUACUUUUAAAUUUUGGAAAAAAAUAAAAUGAAGCAUAUAUUUAUUUCAUCAUCUUCUAAAUCCUUUUAAUCUAGCAUAGGCAGGGUUCACCUAGCAUGGUCAGUUGGUUCCAUAGUAACACAUUUUAGGUAAAACAACACACAAGAGCCAAUUAUAGGAAUAGAACUGAGCAGAAUUGAAAGCAGGAGUUAUCCAGGUAUAGCGAACAGGAGCUACUUAAGCAAAAACUUUAUAGUAGGGUUUGCUUAUAAUACUCUAAUUUAUUUUGAAGCAUUGGCAAAAUAUGAAUCCAUAUGCCUAUAGAUCAGAAGUUGUAUUUUUAAGACACUAAAUACUUCAAUGCCACUUGGGCCUGUGUACUUUGGUAAGAAAGUUUAUUACUGUGAUAACAGGUAGUUCUUUGCUAUGACCUGGAUCACAAUUUCCUACAAUGAUCCUGAGGAUUAAAUGGGGAAAAGAUGCAUGUAAGUGAUUCCUUAAGAUUGAAACAUGUCUUGAAUAGAGUUUUUACUCUAAGAUUAAAGUUAUUAUUUUUUGCUUCCUUGUAGGUCUUAAAAAAUACUAGAUCCUUUUGGUGCCAGUUGAUUAUAAAAAGCUGUUAUACAAAAUUGAAUGUGUUUGGUAUAUAUAACAGCUGUUUCCUAAAUUGUACACAUAUACCUCAUUAAAAACUGAAUGAAACAUUAUUUUGAAUUUGUUUUAACUUUUGUGAUUCACUUAGUAUGGUAUGAAUCAUGUUAUGAUCAUUAUCUAUUAACAGGUGUAAUAUCACUAUGUAAUGGAGAAAGGGACAUGAAUAUGUUUGCAAACUGAAUCUGCAGAAAUUGAAAAGCUGAGAACAACAUUGGGCUCAGGGAAUUUAAGCCAAAACCAUAUGAUCAUAAAUUUAGAGCUAGAAGGGCCCAUAGACCUCUUCAUUUAGUUUAGGACUCAUGGGGGGUUUGGGUUUUUUUUUCCCUACAUUUAAUUUUUAAUAUUUAAAAUGUUUACAUCAGGGGCAGAGGAAAUUAGGAAUAUCAAAACAAUAUUUUUUGUUCAUAAAGUUAUUAAGGUCCCUAACUGGUGCAUUUGGUCCAAAUAAGUUUCAUCCACAUUGUGAAUAAUUUUCUGGUUUUUGAUUAUUACUGAAUUGAAAGUGAUGUAUAUUGUAGGUGGAUAAAAUUUCAUGACAGAACUAAGAAAGGAAUGGAAAAAUAUGUGCACCCCAAAAAGAACCUAGGAAAUAUUAUUUUAUGAUGAUAUAAUAACCUUGAAUGACAAGAAAUUUAUUCUGACAAAGUUGUAAUGAUAAAUUAAUUACUGGAAAGUUUAGUGGCAUUGGCCUUGGUAACCAAGAAAAAUUCAUGAGAAAAUUCAAAUUCUUAGGUAUUUUAAACAAAAUAUUAAAUAUUUGGUUGUAUGUGUAAAGCAUCUUUGAAUCAUAGGACUGUGGAGGGCCCUUGGAGAUAAUCUAGUCCAACCCAUUCAUCUUCCAGAUGAGGAAACAGAUCUAGAGAGAGAAAGUGAUUUGCCUAAAGUCAGAAAACAAGUGAGUGGCAGAAUCCACACUAAAACUUAGAUCUUCUAACUCCUGGUGAAAUGAGCUUCUCACUGUACAUAUUGUCUCUCAGUUAACUAUUUUAUUAAGAACAGAGAAAAUGGAGGGGCGGCUAGGUGGCACAGUGGAUAGAGCACCGGCCCUGGAGUCAGGAGUACCUGAGUUCAAAUCCGGCCUCAGACACUUAACACUUACUAGCUGUGUGACCCUGGGCAAGUCACUUAACCCCAAUUGCCUCACUAAAAAAAAAAAAAAAAAGGAACAGAGAAAAUGGUUGGAUUAGUUUAUCUCCAGCUUUUUUGGUAAAUCUGUGAG